UUACACCUUUCAUAACAAAUACUGAUUUUUCAAAAACUUUCCCUCGGUUCGUAUAUUGUAGGACGGGAUUCAAAUGAUCGAACUUCAUAACUUUUAAGUUUUCAAAAGUUGAGCGGCUGAAUUGAGGGCUAAAGGUGGUUAGCGGGGCUAGUUCCGCCUUCUAGGCCAGUGUUGGGUCGUGUGAUUGGAGAUCAGCGACUCGUCAAGUGUCACGUUAGGAUCCACGUUAAGAGUUACAGACUAACCUUUGCUCCGUGUGUCCAUGGGCUGGAGAGAACGUCAUUUUCUUAUUAAAGGGAUUACUGUCAACACUCAGCAACGGAGGAUUCCAUCUGGAGCCAGCGAUAACCCCAGCAGCCCAGCGUCCGGGCACUGUUGCAGGGAAUCGUCAGGACCCCAAUGAUUGUCAGCAGAUGAGCUGUGGACUACUGUGUUUGGGACACUAAUGGAAAAUCAAGAUGAGGAAGUAGACCUGCAGCGGAGCUCGACCGGGAGCGAGGGGGGCAACUCUGGAGAUGGAACACCUCCAUCCAAGCGCAAGGGCAAGUUCUCCAGCCUGGGCAAGAUCUUCAAGCCCUGGAAGUGGAGGAAGAAGAAGCCCAGCGAAAAGUUUUCCGAGACCUCCAUCGCUUUGGAAAGACAGAUAUCGGUGAGGAAAUCCCGGCAGGAGCUGAUUGAGAGAGGGGUGCUGAAGGAAAUACCUGAGAAUCAGAGCAACCGGCACAAGUCUGGCCCCGUGAAGAACGGCCACCCGGCGGCCAUGGACGUGGAGCGGGAGUCGGAGGCCGGCGUGCGGGUGCUCCGCGGGGAGUCUGAUUCGCGCGCCACGCCCAUGUGGCUGCCUCAGGGGGAGGAGCGGCGGAGCCGUGUGCCGUCGGACGCCUCGCGCGUUCACCGGGCGCCCCUGGACGUGGACUCUCUGGCCCGCCAGGCCGUGGAGGCCGACCGCCGCAGCCGCCUGCCGUCGGACCUGGACAGGCGGGGCGGCUCGUUACCCAGGGGGGCCGUCCCGGAGGAGGUCCGGCCCCGAUGGGACGAGAGGAAGGACGGACGGGAGGACAAGAGGGAGCUCAGAGAGGACAAGAGAGAGCCCCGGGAAGACCGGGACAGGAAUGAGGACAAGAGAGAGCCCCGGGAGGACAAGAGGGAGGAGCGGGACAGGAGGGAGGACCGGGACGAGCCGGAGCGCAGGGAACGCCGCGACGACCGGGAUCGUGAGCGGGACCCCAGGGAGAGGCGUGAGCGGAGAGACGACCGGGACAGGAGGGACGAGAGGACUGACCGCGAGGAGAGGGACAAGAGGGAAGAGAGGCCGGAGCGGGAGGAGCGGGACAGGAGGGAGGAAAAGCCGGAGCGCGAGGAAAGGGAAAGGCGGGAGGAGAGGCCGGAGCGCGAGGAGAGGGACAGGAGGGAGCGUGGCGACCGGGACAGGAGGGAGCCGCGGGGGGAGAAGGACCGGCGGGACGACCGGGCGGAGCAGGAAAGGGAGCAGCGCGUUAAGGAGCGGAUCGAGCGGGAGCGCCGGGAGGAGCGCGAGAGGGAAGAGCGGGAGCACGAGAGGGAGGAGCGGGAGAAGGAGGACCGAGAGAGGCGGGGCUGGAGGGGGGACCGGGGGGACGACCGCGACCGGAAGGACCCCAGGCAGGAGGAGCGACCCGACAAGAGACGAGGCGAGGAGGCCGAGCGCGAGCGCAGGGACAAACCGGAGCCCCAGCGGAACCCCGUGGACAGCCUGCGGGCGGCGGGCCGGCCCGUCUCCGAGGUGGACGUCAGGGCGGUCCUGCAGAAGGCGAACUCGGAGGAGAACCGCAGGGUGCGGCCGGCCUCGGAGGCGGACCAGAGGAGCACCCUGCCCAGAUACAGCCCAGCGGAGGAGUUCAGAGGUCGCACAGAGUCAGCUGGCGUUCGCUUCGCCCCCGUUCCGGCGUCCAACCCCGUGAGCGAGCCUGAGGCGGCGCGGGACCCCCUGAGGGAGGCCGCCGCCAAACAGGCCCUGCUGCCCCCCAAGAAGCAGAGCCCCCCCCUCCCCACGGCCCGGACGGCCGCUCCCCCCGCCGUCUCUUUCUCCGCCUCUUCGUCCUCCUCCUCUUCCUCCUCGUCCUCCUCCUCGUCGGCCAUGGCGGUGGCCAAGCCCCCGAGGACGGUGUCCCUCAUCAGCGACGACCCCCCCCCCCUGGUCCCCGCCACCCCCGAUCGCCGCCCGCCCGUCCCCCCGCACGCCAAGCAGCCCCCCGUGCCCCCGCCCAAGCCCGGCAACCGCAACAGCAACCCGGCGCUGCACGCCUCCAGACUGAAGGGCUGCGCCACGGUGCGACCGCACUGUUACAGGACGGGCUGGCAGCGCCGGGGCGAGCCGGGCCUCUACCUCUCCCUGCCCGUCUACCUGAGCCACAGGGCGGGGCUGAGCCGCUCAGAGCCCUCUCAGUCCGGCGGCGCUGUCAUCGUGGUGCCGGCGCCCUCCAAGCGCUCGCCGCCGACCCCGCCCAAGAGGAUGACCCCCGUCACCAAGCGGCACUCCACGCAAGAGGCCCCGCCCCAGGAGCCCCCGCCCCCGGAGGCCGCCACGCCGCCGGAGAUCCGCCCCGCCGAGACCCCGCCGGAGGCGUUCGCCCCGCCGCCGGCCCACCAGCCCCCCUCCCCGCCCCGGCAUCGCGUCCUCCCCGUCGCCGAGCCGACGCCGACGCCGCCGGCGGCUGACCCGCCCAGCCCCGUCACGCUGCCCCCCGCCAAUCCGCCGUCGGCCAUCCCCCUGCACAUCCGCAUCCAGCGGGCGCUGGUCAGCCCCUCGCCCGUCAAGGCCAACCCGGACGGCUCCCAGAGGGCCCACUCUCAGCUGUUUGAGUCCCCGCCCGAGGUCCUGCAGGAGGGCGGCUCGGUGCGCUACUCCCUGCCCAUCACCAUCGAACCCCUGCGGCUGCAAGAGGACGAUGACUUCGACAUGGAGGAGGAGCUGGCCAAGCUACACCCUCCCCCGCGGUUCCCCCGCCAGCCGGAGCUGGAGCCACGCAGCCGGCGGGGGCUGGUGGUCAGCGCCAUCCCCGAGGGGGGCGGGCCGGGUGACAGCGAGGAGGAGGAGACGGACUCGGACGGGCCAAUCAACUACAGGGACGACAGCGAGGAAGAGAGCGACGAAGAGGGGCAGCAGAGUCGGCUGGCGAACCGCGUGAAGAGGAAGGACACGCUGGCUCUGAGGCAGGAGCACGAGGCCCAGCAGGACGGCCCCGACGACACGGCCUGGCAGAACCGGGAGCAGUGGCUGGCCCUCCGGUCCAAGAUCAGCAGCGCGCUCACACGGCGCCUGAGUCAGAGACCUUCGGCCGAGGAGCUGGAGCAGAGGAACAUCCUCCCAGCCAAGAACGAAUCGGACCGUCGGAUGGAAAGGUCCGAGAUCAAACGGCGGCUCACCAGAAAGCUGUCCCAGCGGCCCACGGUGGCGGAGCUGCAGGCCAGGAAGAUCCUGCGCUUCCAUGAGUACGUGGAGUGCACUCACGCCCACGACUACGACCGCCGCGCUGACAAGCCCUGGACCAAGCUCACCCCCGCCGACAAGGCCGCCAUCCGCAAGGAGCUGAACGAGUUCAAGAGCUCAGAGAUGGAGGUGCACGAGCAGAGCCGCAUCUACACCCGGUUUCACAGACCAUAACCGUCCACCUCCACCGGAUUGGUUGCGUGGGGGGGAGGAGGGGGGGGAGGGGGAUGAGAAGGUGGGGGAUGAUGGAAGAAAAGAAUAUACCGCUGCAGCCGACAGAAAUAUUGGCUCCCCCCCGUCGUUCUUAACCCUGCCCCGUGCACAGCCCUUUCCUCGACGCAACACUCCCCAACAAAACUAUGUACCUAAGACCAAAAAGCCCGCUGGGUCCCCAACUGCUGACGGGUACCUUUUUGAGGGCACCCCAAGGGCUCUAGGUGAAGAGCCACUACUGAUGCUGCCCCCGGACCAGCUCCUCUGGAAGCAGAGGACCCUUUGGGCUCUCCUCAUCCCUGGUGGAACCCACUGGGUCUGGGCGUCGGCAGUGCGGCCGCAGGGUAGGCGAGACACAGAUGAAAUGGGUUUCGGGCCCGGCCCCUUACAAGAUGUUACCCCCCAAGUGCCACCGGAGAGAUAAGUGCCCGCUGUGGUGCCGGGGCGCACCCCCCCCCCCUACCCCCUGGAGCCGGGGGGGCGCUGGUCGGUAGAGUAGCGAGAGUGAAGCACUAGAGCUGAUUCCGAGUCCGGCCCGCGGCGGGCGUGCCGCGAGAUCCUCCCCUCGACGCGACGUCUCUCCCGCAAUCACUGUAGUUACUCUCAAAGGAGAGCCAAUCGGACGAGGCCUUUCCCAGUACUUUACACUGUGUACGAUGCGUUGUUUUAAAUAGACACUUUUAAACCCCAGAUCAGGAAAUCCGUUGGCAGAAACGGAUGGUGGUAGUUUAUUCUUUUUUUUAAUUGGCACGUGCGGUACUUAGUCGAACUAAUUAAAAACGUAGUUGUCGGACCAGGUGCGUUUAUGUUUUCGCUGUCGUAUCCGAUGGCGAUGGGGUGCCAACUGGCACCAGCCUUAACUCUGGGCGUGAGUCAAUGUUUUUAACGUACAAGAGGUCCAGACAAAAUGUGAACUGAUUUGCUACAGAGCCAGUGAGUUUUGCAUAUGAAACCCUGUUGUGGCUCUUAUUUUGAAAUUUAUUUUUAAUCAACUGUUCUAUUCUGUGAAGAAAGCAGCAAUGUUGAUUUUGCACCUCAUCCUAAUGUGUGCAUUUUACUGUUUUUUUUUUUGCUAAAAAUGCAUUUUUUUGGGUGGGCGGGUUUGGGGUGCAGCACAUAUGUCUAGGUGUAGCUGUCAUAGGGCACUUGAUUUCCUGUAAAGGAAGUAUAGAACUUUUACAAUUUUCAGGUUUGGAACAUAACUCUCGAAAAAGCAACUAAACAUUGUCAUAUAAUUCUAUAUUUCUAAUUUAAUAAUUGUUUGCGUAAAAUGCACAUUUGUAUAAUGACAACGAUGUUUUAAGGUACUUUGUAUAUUAAGGCCAAUAGUUGGCUGCAAUUGUGUUGAUAAAUCAUGUAGAGCUUAGCAACCUUUAUUGUAUGUCAAUUUGGCAAACUGUCUGAAAGUGUUUCACAAUGCUGUUAACUACGUAGACUGACUACACUGACCACAGAGAUUAUUUUGAAUAUGCAAUUUUUUUUCUCCUUUUUACACUAUGCAGAGAUCUUUUAAACAUUGAAUGAUAAUUUGCAGCCCACUGUAUAAAUUAAUAUUUCUCACAAAUUAAACAAAAAAGGUUUUUUGAUCUUGACCUGAACGCGGGAUUCUCAUUAUUACCUCUUGUUAUUAUUCAUAAUAAGGGUUGGAUAAUAAAACCAUACUAAUAUCUAACCCUUGUUUUUCUUUAAGCAAAUUAUCCCAUUUAUCUGCUUAUAGUGGACGAUUGCAUCCAUUCCAGACUCCAUAUGGGCUUGGUAUAUAGAUUUUCCGGGUUAUUGAACUGUUCACUUCCUUUACAUGUGGCUUUGACAUGACCAGAUGAGGGCAGUGUUAGAUUAAACGUCUUGUUUUUUAGGACUUUUCUCAUGUCAUCUCCACCUUCAAAGCACCUCGCCAUUUCCAGAGCUCUUGGACAACAAUCCACUUGGAGAAAUGUUCAAGGUUUUGUUUUAACAAAAGCCUUAAGUGGCUUUUCCAUUUCUAUAAAAAAAAAGAAUGAGUUGCAUUAGACAAGAGGCGGGCUGCAUACAAUAAUUGGUUGGAAGGAAAGGCUGUAUAAAAGGAUGAGCUGAAUCAAAAUUGCAUUAAUUUGCUUUGGGGAAAUUAAGUGGUUGCCAUAACAGUUCCUUUUUUCCCUCUCUUUGAACAGUUUUGUAUAGUCAUCGUUAUGGGAAGUUUGACAAACAUGAAUCACUAACCGUCCGUGAUAAUGUAGGCCUAGAUAUACCUGCAAGAUCGAUUCAUUGUCUAGUCUGUCAAUAAAACUAGUAUAAUCACUAUAAAUUAAUUGGUGAGCCAUAAUGAGCAGACAUAGUGCGUUGUCGUUGAAGGUUUGGAUCCAUUCUUUAUAAUUAGGUGUGUGUUAUCUUUCACGUUUUUAUAAUCCAGUUUCGCAUUUUGAGAGUGCACAGGCUCGAUUCACUCCGAGGAUGGUUGGUGAAAACGGCCAAUGAUUCUCCAUACUCAGUUACGUCUGAUUCAUGGUAUUGGCAGCCGUAGGCUUCUCUGUGCCAUAGGUCAGACCCCUGAUGUAGGCUUAUGUGUUCUCUGGGUCUCCCUCAAGGCUUUGGUUUUUAAUAACGGCGUUCCUGUACGUCGAUCAUGGCAUGUGGCACCAGCGCUCUCGUCUGGUCUUCUGGACUAUCGUCUAAUCGCAUCGUCAGAGCCGGCCCUGCUGAACGCUCCGAUACAAAAUAUGCAAGCUCAGAGGAAGUACUGCCUGUUUGGCAUUCUGUGUAUAAUAUAGGCCUAUCUAUUUUUAUAAAUAAAUAAAAACGCAAGUAAAACUCACUUGCCGUUUUUUUUUUUUACGGAUGAAUGAAUGGGUUUUUAUGGUUAUUUGGUUUUCAAUGGACUCAUUUCUGUAGAAAAGUCCAUUCCAAACUAUAAUACAGCCAUCACUGUAAAUGACGCAGAGCCCCCUCUGUGUCAUUGAUUAACACAUCCAUUUCAUGUGGCUGGACUUCUCAUGCUUAGCUUUGACCGAACAAAUGAUACAUUCCUGUUUUGUUGUCGCCGAGCUUCAACUAAAGGCCUCAUCCGGUGCCUUGGAAACG